AUGGUCCGGAAGCGUAGAGAUCCCGUGAAGUCGCCGAAGACAGCGGUGGAGUCGGCUCUUCGCGCGCUGCAGUCUGGAGAUGCGGCUGCGGUGGAAGAGCUGCUGCGCAGGGAGGGCGAAGAGCCUGUGGACGAGGACUGGCAGCGCCGCUACUGCGACUCCGCGCGCGUCUACUGGGACCAGUUUUAUCGAGAACGGACCGUCAACUUCUUCAAAGACCGACACUACUUGCGCGAGGAGUUCGCGGAGAUCAUGCCGGCCGAGGUUCUUGCAGAUCCCAAGCGAUGGGUGAAUGAGUUAGAAAUCUCCGAGGAGGAGCCGCCUCAAUCUAUGGAAGCGUUGGAGCAGGCAUUGCGGGGGAAGACCGUCUUGCUGGAGCUGGGCUGUGCAGUAGGCAACGGUCUCAUCCCAAUGCUGCGCGCCAACCCGGAUCUCUUUGGGAUCGGUUGCGACCUUUCCGCCGAGGCAGUGGCAUUGCUCCAGGGGAAGGAGGAAUAUCGCUGUGGGCGAUGCCUUGCCUUUCCCAGCGACAUCACGAAAGGUUCCGGGCAGCAGCCAACUGACUGCCACCAAAGUUUGGAGGAGGCCGUUCCGGGCGAUUCGGUGGAUUUUGCCACGCUCCUCUUCGUGCUGAGUGCGAUUGACCCACCGCAGUACCCGGAUACUUUGCGACGUGUGCGCAGCCGGCUACGGCCAGGGGGAAUGGUCAUGGUGCGCGACUAUGGCCGCGGGGAUCUGGCGCAGACGCCGGCCAAUUUUCCAUCCAUUGUCCUGCUCUUAGGUUGCGUUUCGGUGCCGGACAUUGGCUGGGUGGUGACCGUUAUGCACAUUGGCGGUGUUCCUGACCACGGAAGGCGUUCUCAAAAGGCUUUGCUUGAGCCAGGCUUGACCCAGGUUUUCGAGGCGGAGGGCUUCGACACGCUCAGGAUUUUGGAGUAUUUCCGGAGCACAGGCGUCCUGGUUGACUCGUGGUUGCGAGAGCCCCAGGUGAACCAGGUGUUGAUGCAGACGGCAACAUGCCUCGACGCCGCACAUGACGAGGGCAAGCGGUGCAGCUUGAAUGAUGCAUCAGCCGCCUCGGGCAUGUAA